GCUUCGGGGUGGAGGGGCGGGGGGAUGGGCCCUGAGGGGCUCUGGGCGCGUGUGAGGUGGGCAUUGCCAAGACGGGGUGCUCGUGUGUGCUGGGCGGGGGGUCACACGAUGACCUUCCCCACCUCAGGAAGACCUGAAAGGGAAACGCAGACCCCCAGUGAGAUCCCCUGUGCUGAUGGUUUUCAGGGACUUGUUGGCAACUCAGCGAGGGUUGCCAUAGCUUUUUUAUGUAGGGUGACCAGAACCGGCUGAAACUGGUUUGAGGCAGAUCAGCUCCUGAACACAAUGCAGUCACUGAGCUUCUACAGUGGGAUAGCAGCUUCCUCCCUUCAUGGCAGCCAAAAGCAGAGGAGCUUGCAGGAAGGUGCCACCCCAACACAGUAUGUGAAUGCACACUUAGACACCACACAGCACUGGCUAUGUUCUGUUUUGUGCUUUUCCUUUUAGAAGCUACUAAAGGGUGUUGGGGAUACUUCUGACUAUUAUGAAGGCCAAAAGGCCUGUUGACUGGGGCUGCUUUUAACCCUUUCAUGUUUGCAGAGCAUGCAACCGUGUGACAGUAACUGAACCAUUGGUCCAAAGUCUUUCCCAAAGGUCAAGGUUCACAAGUCUUGGCUGUGGUUUGACGCUGGGGAUACAUUAUUCCCUGUCUGGUCCUGCAUCCACCCAUCUGAGAGAAGAAGAGUGGCCGUGUGGGCGAGUUUUCUCUAGGUGACGCAAACCAUCUAGAGAAACGUGUGUGGGACUCCCUUAGAUCUGUAUUAACUGAGGCAUAAGAGAAUGGAAGGUGAUUUAUUCUCCAGAUCCUAUUGAACCAACACCUGAUCAAAUUCAUGACCAUGGGGGAUAUGAAGACCCCAGACUUUGACGACCUCCUGGCAGCAUUUGACAUCCCAGAUAUGGUCGAUCCUAAAGCAGCUAUUGAAUCUGGACACGAUGACCAGGAAAGCCACAUCAAGCAGAAUGCUCAUGGAGACGAUGACUCCCACACGCCAUCCUCUUCUGACGUUGGCGUCAGCGUUAUUGUGAAGAACGUGCGGAACAUCGAUUCCUCCGAAGGCGCUGAGAAAGAUGGCCACACCCCCACAGGCAAUGGCUUACACAAUGGGUUUCUCACAGCGACCUCUCUUGACGGUUAUAGUAAAGAUGGAUCAAAGUCCUUGAAAGGAGAUGUGCCUACCUCAGAGGUGACUUUAAAAGACUCCACUUUCAGCCAGUUUAGCCCUAUCUCCAGUGCUGAAGAGUUUGAUGACGAUGAGAAGAUAGAGGUGGACGACCCCCCUGAUAAAGAGGACAUGCGUUCAAGUUUUAGAUCCAAUGUGUUGACGGGGUCGGCUCCCCAACAGGACUAUGAUAAACUAAAGGUACUUGGAGGGGAAAACUUAAGCAAAACCGGAAUCUCUACAUCAGGCAAUAUAGAUAAAAACAAAGUUGUUAAGAGAGAAACAGAAACAAAUUCUAUAAAUCUGAGCGUUUAUGAACCUUUUAAAGCCAGAAAAAUGGAGGAUAAAUCGAAGGAAAACUCUGAAAAGGCGCUUGAAAACAGGGUCCAUGACGGGAAGCUGAGCUCCGAGAAGAAUGAUACCACCCUUGGCAGCGUGGCACCAUCAAGGUCAAAGCCAUCCUCCAAACUUUCUUCGUGCAUAGCUGCAAUUGCAGCUCUUAGUGCUAAAAAGGCUGCUUCAGACUCCUGUAAAGAACCAGUGAGCAAUUCACGGGAAUCGUCUCCAUUACCAAAAGAAGUAAAUGAUAGUCCUAGAGCCAUUGAAAAGUCUCCAGAAUCCCAGAGUCUCAUUGAUGGGACGAAAAAAGCGCCCCUAAAGCAGCCGGAUAGCCCCAGGAGCAUUUCAAGUGAAAACAGCAGCAAGGGAUCUCCAUCAUCCCCUGCAGGGUCGACACCAGCAAUCCCCAAAGUCCGCAUAAAAACCAUUAAGACAUCAUCUGGGGAAAUAAAGAGAACAGUGACAAGGGUAUUGCCAGAAGUCGAUCUUGACUCUGGAAAAAAGCCUCCGGAGCAGACAGGGCCUGUGAUGGCGUCUGUGACGUCGCUUCUGUCCUCUCCAACUUCAGCUGCCGUCCUCUCCUCUCCCCCCAGAGCGCCUCUGCAAUCGGCGGUCGUCACCAACGCAGUGGCCCCUGCAGAGCUGACCCCCAAACAGGUCACUAUUAAGCCCGUGGCCACUGCCUUCCUCCCAGUGUCCGCUGUGAAGACGGCGGGGUCUCAAGUCAUUAAUUUGAAGCUCGCUAACAACACGACGGUCAAAGCCACGGUCAUCUCUGCUGCCUCUGUACAGAGCGCCAGCAGCGCCAUCAUUAAAGCUGCCAACGCCAUCCAGCAGCAAACCGUCGUGGUGCCGGCGUCCAGCCUGGCCAAUGCCAAACUUGUGCCAAAGACUGUGCACCUCGCCAACCUUAACCUUCUGCCUCAGGGCGCCCAGGCCACCUCUGAGCUCCGCCAAGUGCUAACCAAACCUCAGCAGCAAAUAAAGCAGGCAAUAAUCAAUGCAGCAGCCUCGCAACCACCCAAAAAGGUGUCUCGCGUCCAGGUGGUGUCUUCCUUGCAGAGCUCUGUGGUGGAAGCUUUCAACAAGGUGCUGAGCAGCGUCAACCCAGUUCCAGUUUACAUCCCCAACCUCAGUCCCCCUGCUAAUGCAGGCAUCACGUUACCGACCCGUGGGUACAAGUGCUUGGAGUGUGGCGACUCCUUUGCUCUUGAAAAGAGCCUGACUCAACACUACGACAGACGCAGCGUGCGCAUCGAAGUAACGUGUAACCACUGUACAAAGAACCUUGUUUUCUACAACAAGUGCAGUCUCCUCUCCCACGCCCGCGGGCAUAAGGAAAAGGGAGUGGUCAUGCAGUGCUCCCACUUGAUUCUAAAGCCUGUCCCUGCAGAUCAAAUGAUUGUUUCUCCGUCAAGCAAUACUUCGGCUGCACCUUCCGCUCUCCCGAGCUCUGUGGGGGCCGGCACGCACACUGUAACAAAAAUUCAGUCUGGCCUAACCGGGACCGUCAUAUCAGCUCCCUCAAGCACACCCAUCAUUCCAGCUAUGCCUCUGGAUGAAGACCCAUCCAAGCUCUGCAGGCAUAGUCUGAAAUGUUUGGAGUGCAAUGAAGUUUUCCAGGAUGAGACGUCGUUGGCUACACAUUUCCAGCAGGCUGCAGAUACGAGUGGACAAAAGACUUGCACUAUCUGCCAGAUGCUGCUUCCUAACCAGUGCAGCUUUGCAUCACACCAGAGAAUCCAUCAGCACAAAUCUCCCUACACCUGCCCCGAGUGCGGGGCCAUCUGCAGGUCGGUGCACUUCCAGACCCACGUCACCAAGAACUGUCUGCACUACACGCGGAGAGUUGGUUAUCGAUGUGUGCAUUGCAAUGUUGUGUACUCUGAUGUGGCUGCCCUGAAGUCUCACAUUCAAGGUUCCCACUGUGAAGUCUUCUACAAGUGUCCUAUUUGUCCAAUGGCGUUUAAGUCUGCCCCAAGCACACAUUCCCAUGCCUACACACAGCAUCCUGGCAUCAAGAUAGGAGAACCAAAAAUAAUAUAUAAGUGUUCCAUGUGUGACACUGUGUUCACCCUGCAAACCCUGCUGUAUCGUCACUUUGACCAACACAUCGAAAACCAGAAGGUGUCUGUUUUCAAGUGUCCAGACUGUUCCCUUUUAUAUGCACAGAAGCAACUCAUGAUGGACCAUAUCAAGUCUAUGCACGGAACAUUGAAAAGCAUUGAAGGGCCUCCAAACUUGGGUAUAAAUUUGCCUUUGAGCAUUAAGCCUACAACUCAGAAUUCAGCAAAUCAAAACAAAGAGGAUACCAGGUCCAUGAACGGGAAAGAGAAAUUGGAAAAGAAAUCUCCAUCCCCUGUGAAGAAAUCAGUGGAACCCAAGAAAGUGGCCAGUCCUGGGUGGACGUGUUGGGAGUGUGACCGCCUGUUCACGCAAAGAGAUGUUUACAUUUCCCACGUGAGAAAGGAGCACGGAAAGCAAAUGAAAAAACACCCCUGCCGCCAGUGUGACAAGUCCUUCAGCUCAUCGCACAGCCUGUGCCGACACAACCGGAUCAAGCACAAAGGCAUCAGGAAAGUGUAUACCUGCUCGCACUGCCCGGACUCCAGGCGGACCUUUACGAAGCGGUUGAUGCUAGAGAAACACAUCCAGCUCAUGCACGGCAUUAAGGACCCUGACCUGAAAGAAAUGACGGAAGCCGCCAACGAGGAGGAAACAGAAAUAAAAGAAGAUGCCAAGGUUCCCAGUCCCAAGCGGAAGUUGGAAGAACCAGUUUUAGAGUUCAGACCUCCCAGGGGAGCAAUUACUCAACCACUGAAAAAGCUAAAGAUAAAUGUGUUUAAGGUUCACAAAUGUGCCGUGUGCGGCUUCACCACCGAAAACCUGCUGCAGUUCCACGAACACAUCCCUCAGCACAAAUCAGACGGCUCCUCCUACCAGUGCCGGGAGUGUGGCCUGUGCUACACGUCGCACGUCUCCCUGUCCAGGCACCUCUUCAUCGUGCACAAGCUGAAGGAGCCUCAGCCCGUGUCCAAGCAGAACGGGGCGGGGGAGGAGAACCAGCAGGACAACAAGCCCAGCCACGAGGACGAGGCGGCCGACGGCGCGGUGUCCGACCGAAAGUGCAAAGUGUGCGCAAAAACGUUCGAAACAGAAGCUGCCUUAAACGCUCACAUGCGGACACACGGCAUGGCCUUCAUCAAAUCCAAAAGAGUGAGUUCAGCUGAGAAAUAGCCACACACCUUCCAUCAGGAACAUCCCUGUCCACAGUGGAAUAAGAAAGACAUUUUUGUUACCGAAAGUUUGCAGUAUCACAGAGUUGACAGUACUCUCUAGGCUGUUGCAAUAUAUUCCCGUUCAGCGUACCUUCUUCACCUCGUUGCGUAUAUCCUCGAUAAGUAUGAAAGCAGUAUUUGAGUUUAAAAGAGUUUGUAUAUAUUUAAAGGAAUAACUUUUUAUACUCUUUGUUACAUGUUUGUAUCAGUAUUUAGUAGAAAAUGUUUUGAGUUUGUUUUUCCUUUUUUUUUUUUUUUGGUUACAAGUUUUUCUUUUUGUAUCGUUUCUUUAAAACAGAGUUCUUAGUAACAGGGGCAGUUCCUGAAUUCAAAUAAACCAUUUUGUAUGUUAUGGAUUUAAAAGGGUUAACUAAUUCCAGGCGAAGAUAAUGCCUUUUUUAGUGUUUUUAAUUUUUAGAAUUCACUACAUAACUUGUAGGUGAUUGUGGGUCUCAAAACACUAGGGCCUUUAAGUGUCUUUGCGCCACCCUCAAUGUGCCUGCUCUGAGUCCGGGUGUGUCCUGCAGACACCUGCACCCUGGCACCAGUGGCACCCGCCCCAGGCCAUGCCAGCUGGUGUCUAAAGCGGCCUUGCAGGGGGUGAAUACAAACUUAGGCCAGAAUUACGGUGAGGAACGUGGAUUUCCUUCACUCCAUCUGAGAAUGGGGCAGAGGGAUAUUCUAAAGGUAAAAAUGGCGGCCGGUGGUUUUCUGGUCAAAUUUGCAAGGCUGGCUUUGAAGAGCACAAGGAGAUAACGUUCACGAAAGGGCUGGACUACUGUAAAAGUUACAAAUACAUGGUUAGACCAAUAGAUUUAUAUAGUCAAACUUUUGUCAUGUAACUUAUUAACUAUAAAGACAACAACUAAAGAUACCAAGUAUUUCUCUGGCUCUUGACAGGAAGACAAACAUCACGGUUGACUUAACCCUUUGCUGUCUAAAGAGUUGGCGUUUCUUGUUCUGGGUGCUACUGCCAAAUGUUCUGGUACUUAGAGUUGAGAUGCACAACUUCACCCUCCAACUUAUCAAUGCAGCAGCCUGCACUGGCAGCUGGCCGUUAGAUUCCGUACUGAGCCACCCAGGGUUAGUUCGGUCGUUUCCAUAAGUAUAUUUACUAUCGGUAGUUAUUGAAGUGUCCCUUCCGUUUAUAGUUCUCUGGGAGAGUUCUAUUUUUUUGUUUUUUUGUUUUGUGUUUUCUUUGGCAUUUUAUAUCUUGUAUUUAUCCCUACACAUGUUUUGUACUUUUUUUUUUUUUUUAAGAAAAAAUCUUUUGUGUAUAUAUAGAUACUUGCAUGGUAUACUGUAGUCAACGUUCGGUUCCUCAAAAGGUCUUGCUGCUGUCAGGUGUAAUGCACUACAUCCAUCAUAACUGUAUUAAACACAUUUCGUAUGUAAAUAAACGUGGGACAUUUGGCCCUUGUGCUUCUGUGAGAGCGUUAUUGAUGGUGGGACUGUGACAUCUUCAUGACAUUUAGGAAGUGAUUAAUUGCAGGGACAGACUACAGGAUAUCGCAGAAUGCGUCCCACUCUGAAGAAUGGCACAUUUGUUCUCAUUAGCAAUCAGCUGUUUUGUCACUUCCUUGUUGACACCAUCAGGACAUCGGUGUGAUCCCAGGGCAUGAUUAAAGUAUUCCUCAACUCGACAUUCAAUUGCUGUUACUUGUUCUAUUUAUACUUGUAUUGCUCUAACUUGUAUUCAUAGCAUUUUCAUAUGUUUCUGCAUUUGAACCUUGCAAUAAACCUGUGUGGUGGGCUGCGCAGGUCUUACUAGCCUAGUUUUACAGUUGAGGAAGCUGAGCUCAGAUUAAAUUCUUUGCCUAAGCCCUCAUAGCUGGUAAGUGGCUUUGCGUAUGAGAACCCAGAUAUUCUUGCUCUAAAUCUAGUGCUCGCUCUAUGUGUUUAUGUACAUAUGGACAAAUACUUAUUCAACAAAUAAAAAGUAUGUGCAAAACACGA